AUCGCAUCCAAUCGUUGUCGCGCCGGGUAAAAGUGGUUACAAUCGAAGUAAAACGUUCCGUGCUACCGGCGUGAGGUGUUUGUGACCGGAAUCGAGUGUUGGUUUUGCUGAAUUCCCGAAAUCUUUUCGGCCCCCCCGAAGAUUCGGGUUUUACGACCGGUGAAAGGUUGAUCUCAGUUUUUACAACAGCAGAAUAAUGGAUAUGUCAGGCCCCCCGCGUGGUGGGUUCCGUGGGCGUGGAGGAUUUAGCGAUCGCGGUGGAUUCAGUGAUCGCGGUCGCGGCGGUUUUGGCGACCGAGGACGAGGCCGCGGAGGUCGUGGCGGUCCGAUGAUGGGUCGCAUGAUGGGUGGUCCCCCGAUGAUGCGUGGACGUGGUGGCAUGAUGCGUGGCGGCCCGCCCCGUGGCUUCGGUGGUCCGCCGCGAGGUGGCCCUCCGAUGUCCCGGGGUGGCCCAUACGGAGGUCGUCCACCGAUGGGAGUCGGUGGUGCUCCACGCAGCAGCUAUUCAUCAUCCGUAUCGAACGGUUCCGGUCCGCCGCCUUCGUCAACGACCGAGAAUGGGAACGACCCGAAAACGGCAGACACAACCAGUAGCAGCAGUACCAGCGCAUCCAAGACGGUACCGACUACCAGCGGAAGCACACCGACUUCGACGUCGAGCUCGGCAGCUCCGUCUACCGCACCGAAAAGUAGUGCCCCAGCAUCGUCACAGGUUCCUAGCUCUGAUUCGGGCCGGGCAACACCUCCGCAACCGAUCAAGACAGCCGACUCUAGUAGUCUUUCCCAUCCCAGAGAAUCGCAAGAUUCUUCAAUUCAAUCGACAGGUAGUUCCUAUCAUUCCUCGCGGGGCAUGGGAUACCGAGGCCGCGGAAGCUACCCUCCACGUGGAAGUUAUCCUCCUCGCGGUCGUGGCGGAUACGGAAGCAGCUACGACGGUCCACGGCCAUACCGUGGUGGUGGACUGGGCGGGCGUGGUCGUGGCGGCUAUGGCGGAAGUGGCGGUCCAGGCGGCUAUGGAGGCGCUCCAAGCUACAACAGUGGUUACAGUAAUGGUCCUCCUCCGUCGUACGGCCAAAUGGGCGGCGGAUACCAGCACAGCGGCUACAACCCUGGACCUCCGCCACGACAGCAGUUCGACACUCGGCAACCAUCAAACACGACCACAGUGACGCCGAUCAAGCGCGGUGGAAUGCCCGGAAGUGGCCCACCGGGUCCCAAGCGAGGCCGGUACGAUUCGGGUCCACCAAGCAGAUCGUAUCCUCCGAAGAGCAUGCCGCCACAUCACAGUUCCACAGCUCCGGUUUCCUCGUAUAGUGCACCUCCUUCCGCUAGUGCCCACGGAGGCUAUGCGGAACACAAUCAUCCGCCGGCCAGCAUGGACCAAUAUGGCACGCAUGGCGCAGCCACAGCCGGCGGCUACGGCACGACCGGUGCAUCUCAGAGUAGCUACGGCGCCAAUGGGUACGGCCAGAGCUCGUACGGUAGCGCGGCAAUGGCCUCGACGGGCUACGCUACCGGCACGGAGUAUGACGCUAGCCACUACGAUUACAGUACCGGAACAUACGACAGCCGGUAUCAGACCGGAUAUUCGCAAGAUUACAGUCAAUCGUAUGGCACCACCACGGAUUACAGCGCCGUGUCAACGGAAACCUAUCCCAGCCAGGCGUACGAUGACCGAUCAACGGGAUACGCCGGCUACGAUCGAAAGCGCCGGAACCCCGAAGGAUAGCGUUCGAAGGAACAUGUUGGCAGUACAUUGAGGACACCGCUUUCGCCGGUUGACGACACCCAUCGGUCGGAAUGUAGCAGACAGGGCGCAUUGAAACGCACACAAUGACGCUAUGCCGGUAUCGUUGCAGCUGAUUCACGCACACAUCUGUGCAAUUUUCGCCGCAUAGUAUUUUGCGAGUCAUCAACGACGCAUGAGGUAACAUGGUCCCUACCCUGGAUAGUAUCUCCAAUUGCAGAACCAAACCACUUUGAUUUCGGAUAUGUUUUAGAAAUUCGUUUUUUGCACCCCUCGAAAGAGGGGAAAAGUCAAAAGUCUUGCGGAUGUCUACAAAACUAGGUCGUUUUAGAAUAUUUGCCUUAAGCAUGAUACCAAACCACUCUAAUUUCGGAUAUGUUUUAGAAAUUCGUUUUUUACUCCCCUCGAUAGAGGGGGAAAGUCUAAUAUCUGUCUUAACAAACAAAAUGAUCCUUGCGGAUGUCUUCAAAACUAGGUCGUUUUAGAAUAUUUGCCUUAAGCAUGAUACCAAACCACUUUAAUUUCGGAUAUGUUUUAGAAAUUCGUUUUUUGAUCCCCUCGAGAGAGGGGAAAAGUCUUAUGUCUGUCUUAACAAUCAAAAAGAUCCUUGCGGAUGUCUUCAAAACUAGGUCGUUUUAGAAUAUUUGCCUUAAUUUUGAUACCAAACCACUCUAAUUUCGGAUAUGUUUUAGAAAUUCGUUUUUUGCACCCCUCAAAAGAGGGGAAAAGUCUUAAAAUUGUCUUAACAAACAAAAUGAUCCUUGCGGAUGUCUUCAAAACUAGGUCGUUUUAGAAUAUUUGCCUUAAGCAUGAUACCAAACCACUCUAAUUUCGGAUAUGUUUUAGAAAUUCGUUUUUUGAUCCCCUCGAAAGAGGGGAAAAGUCUUCAAAUUGUCCUAACAAACACAAUGAUCCUCGCGGAUGUCUUCAAAACUAGGUCGUUUUAGAAUAUUUGCCUUAAUUUUGAUACCAAACCACUCUAAUUUCGGAUAUGUUUUAGAAAUUCGUUUUUUGAUCCCCUCGAAAGAGGGGAAAAGUCUUAAAAUUGUCUUAACAAACACAAUGAUCCUCGCGGAUGUCUUCAAAACUAGGUCGUUUUAGAAUAUUUGCCUUAAAUUUGAUACCAAACCACUCUAAUUUCGGAUAUGUUUUAGAAAUUCGUUUUUUGAUCCCCUCGAAAGAGGGGAAAAGUCUUCAAAUUGUCCUAACAAACACAAUGAUCCUCGCGGAUGUCUUCAAAACUAGGUCGUUUUAGAAUAUUUGCCUUAAAUUUGAUACCAAACCACUCUAAUUUCGGAUAUGUUUUAGAAAUUCGUUUUUUGAUCCCCUCGAAAGAGGGGAAAAGUCUUCAAAUUGUCUUAACAAACAAAAUAAUCCUUGCUGAUGUCUUCAAAACUAGGUCGUUUUAGAAUAUUUGCCUUAAGCAAGAUACCAAAUCACUUUAAUUUCGGAUAUGUUUUAGAAAUUCGUUUUUUGAUCCCCUCGAAAGAGGGGAAAAGUCUUAAAAUUGUCCUAACAAACAAAAUGAUCCUCGCGGAUGUCUUCAAAACUAGGUCGUUUUAGAAUAUUUGCCUUAAGCUUGAUACCAAACCACUCUAAUUUCGGAUAUGUUUUAGAAAUUCGUUUUUUACUCCCCUCGAAAGAGGGGAAAAGUCUUAUGUCUGUCUUAACAAUCAAAAAUAUUCUUGCGGAUGUCUUCAAAACUAGGUCGUUUUAGAAUAUUUGCCUUAAAUUUGAUACCAAACCACUCUAAUUUCGGAUAUGUUUUAGAAAUUCGUUUUUUGAUCCCCUCGAAAGAGGGGAAAAGUCUUAAAAUUGUCUUAACAAACACAAUGAUCCUUGCGGAUGUCUUCAAAACUAGGUCGUUUUAGAAUAUUUGCCUUAAGAAUGAUACCAAACCACUCUAAUUUCGGAUAUGUUUUAGAAAUUCGUUUUUUGCUCCCCUCGAAAGAGGGGAAACGUCUAAUACCUGUCUAGAUUAACAAAAAGAUUCUUGCGGAUGUCUUCAAAACUAGGUCGUUUUAGAAUAUUUGCCCUAAAUUUGAUACCAAACCACUUUAAUUUCGGAUAUGUUUUAGAAAUUCGUUUUUUACUCCCCUCUAAAGAGGGGAAAAGUCUAAUGUCUGUCUAGAUUUACAAAAAGAUCCUUGCGGAUGUCUUCAAAACUAGGUCGUUUUAGAAUAUUUGCUUUAAGAAUGAUACCAAACCACUCUAAUUUCGGAUAUGUUUUAGAAAUUCGUUUUUUACUCCCCUCGAAAGAGGGGAAACGUAUUAUAUCUGUCUUAACAAACAAAAUGUUCCAUGUGGAUGUCUUCAAAACUAGGUCGUUUUAGAAUAUUUGCCUUAAAUUUGAUACCAAACCACUCUAAUUUCGGAUAUGUUUUAGAAAUUCGUUUUUUGCUCCCCUCGAAAGAGGGGAAAAGUCUAGUAUCUGUCUAGAUAAUCAAAAAGAUCCUUGCGGAUGUCUUCAAAACUAGGUCGUUUUAGAAUAUUUGCUUUAAGCAUGAUACCAAACCACUCUAAUUUCGGAUAUGUUUUAGAAAUUCGUUUUUUACUCCCCUCCAAAGAGGGGAAACGUCUAAUGUCUGUCUAGAUUUACAAAAAGAUUUUUGCGGAUGUCUUCAAAACUAGGUCGUUUUAGAAUAUUUGCCUUAAGAAUGAUACCAAACCACUUUAAUUUCGGAUAUGUUUUAGAAAUUCGUUUUUUGCUCCCCUCGAAAGAGGGGAAAAGUCUUAUGUCUGUUUUAACAAUCAAAAAGAUCCUUGCGGAUGUCUUCAAAACUAGGUCGUUUUAGAAUAUUUGCCUUAAGAAUGAUAUCAAACCACUCUAAUUUCGGAUAUGUUUUAGAAAUUCGUUUUUUACACCCCUCGAAAGAAGGGAAAAGUCUUAUGUCUGUCUCAACAAUCAAAAAGAUCCUUGCGGAUGUCUUCAAAACUAGGUCGUUUUAGAAUAUUUGCCUUAAGAAUGAUACCAAACCACUCUAAUUUCGGAUAUGUUUUAGAAAUUCGUUUUUUGCUCCCCUCGAAAGAGGGGAAAAGUCUAAUGUCUGUCUAAACAAACAAAAAGAUUCUUGCGGAUGUCUUCAAAACUAGGUCGUUUUAGAAUAUUUGCCUUAAGCAUGAUACCAAACCACUCUAAUUUCGGAUAUGUUUUAGAAAUUCGUUUUUUACUCCCCUCUAAAGAGGGGAAAAGUCUAAUGUCUGUCUAGAUUUACAAAAAGAUCCUUACGGAUGUCUUUAAAACUAGGUCGUUUUAGAAUAUUUGCCUUAAAUUUGAUACCAAACCACUCUAAUUUCGGAUAUGUUUUAGAAAUUCGUUUUUUACUCCCCUCGAAAGAGGGGAAAAGUCUUAUGUCUGUCUUAACAAUCAAAAAGAUCCUUGCGGAUGUCUUCAAAACUAGGUCGUUUUAGAAUAUUUGCCUUAAGCAUGAUACCAAACCACUCUAAUUUCGGAUAUGUUUUAGAAAUUCGUUUUUUACUCCCCUCGAAAGAGGGGAAACGUCUAAUGUCGUCUAGAUUUACAAAAAGAUUCUUGCGGAUGUCUUCAAAACUAGGUCGUUUUAGAAUAUUUGCCUUAAGAAUGAUACCAAACCACUUUAAUUUCGGAUAUGUUUUAGAAAUUCGUUUUUUGCUCCCCUCGAAAGAGGGGAAAAGUCUUAUGUCUGUCUUAACAAUCAAAAAGAUCCUUGCGGAUGUCUUCAAAACUAGGUCGUUUUAGAAUAUUUGCUUUAAGAAUGAUACCAAACCACUUUAAUUUCGGAUAUGUUUUAGAAAUUCGUUUUUUGCUCCCCUCGAAAGAGGGGAAACGUCUUAUGGCUGUCUAGAUUUACAAAAAGAUUCUUGCGGAUGUCUUCAAAACUAGGUCGUUUUAGAAUAUUUGCUCUAAAUUUGAUACCAAACCACUUAAUUUCGGAUAUGUUUUAGAAAUUCGUUUUUUGCUCCCCUCGAAAGAGGGGAAAAGUCUAAUGUCUGUCUAAACAAACAAAAAGAUUCUUGCGGAUGUCUUCAAAACUAGGUCGUUUUAGAAUAUUUGCCUUAAGCAUGAUACCAAACCACUCUAAUUUCGGAUAUGUUUUAGAAAUUCGUUUUUUGCUCCCCUCGAAAGAGGGGAAAAGUCUAGUAUCUUUCUAGAUUUACAAAAAGAUCCUUGCGGAUGUCUUCAAAACUAGGUCGUUUUAGAAUAUUUGCCCUAAAUUUGAUACCAACCCACUCUAAUUUCGGAUAUGUUUUAGAAAUUCGUUUUUUGCUCCCCUCGAAAGAGGGGAAACGUCUAAUGUUUGUCUAGAUUUACAAAAAGAUCCUUCAGGAUAUCUUCAAAACUAGGUCGUUUUAGAAUAUUUGCCUUAAGAAUGAUACCAAACCACUCUAAUUUCGGAUAUGUUUUAGAAAUUCGUUUUUUGCUCCCCUCGAAAGAGGGGAAAAGUCUAGUGUCUGUCUAGAUAAUCGAAAUGAUCCAUGCGGGUGUCUUCAAAACUAGGUCGUUUUAGAAUAUUUGCCCUAAAUUUGAUACCAAACCACUCUAAUUUCGGAUAUGUUUUAGAAAUUCGUUUUUUACUCCCCUCAAAAGAGGGAUUAGGUCCUGUCUUGGUCUGUUUGAGCAAGCCAAUAAAAACAAAGAAAUCCACUGUAAUUUCAAUAAUUUCAAUAACUUCUACAUCUACAUUGAAUCGUGCUAACUUUUAUUAAGUUGGCACUGUAAUUGCGGAUAUGUUUUAGAAAUUCGUUACCAUUGAAUACCUAACCACUGAAAUUUCGAAGAAAUUCUAUAGUUUAUCCUAGUUUGCAACUUGAAAAGGUCUUACCACUGAAAUUUCGAAGAAAUUCUAUAGUUUAUCCUAGUUUGCAACAUAAAAAAGGUCUUACCACUGAAAUUUCGAAGAAAUUCUAUAGUUUAUCCUAGUUUGCAACAUAAAAAGGUCUUACCACUGAAAUUUCGAAGAAAUUCUAUAGUUUAUCCUAGUUUGCGUCUAUCGAAGGUCUUACCACUGAAAUUUCGAAGAAAUUCUAUAGUUUAUCCUAGUUUACGUCUAUAAUAAAGGUCUCGCCACUGAAAUUUCGAAGAAAUUCUAUAGUUUAUCCUAGUUUGCGUCUUAAAAAAGGUCCUUCCACUGAAAUUUCGAAGAAAUUCUAUAGUUUAUCCUAGUUUGCGUCUUAAAUAGGUCUUACCACUGAAAUUUCGAAGAAAUUCUAUAGUUUAUCCUAGUUUAUACUGUAAACCAUGUACGAAAGCUGUUCAACUAGUUUUAAGUGUU